UUUCAAAUAGAUAUUUUUCAGAGAUAUAAAAGAGCUUAAAUAUGGCGAAUAUCGACGACAGAGGGUUUAAAAAACAAGAACUAGUAAUGAUGAAUCCUCAGCAACCUAAUUUCCAGUCAAAGGUAAACCUGGUGGAACGUGACACAAGACCAGGAGGAUACCAGCUUGUAGAUCCAGAUAAAUCUGGAAAGAAAACUCAGAUGGAUUUAGUUGAGUUGGCCAGCCAGCUACAGACAGCUGAUCAGUUUACUAGAGCUACAGCUGGAAGUAAACUCUCAAUCAUAGCAGAACAGGUUCGGUUCCUGCAGGAGCAGGCUCGAAAGGUUCUGGAAGAUGCUCGAUUGAACGCUCUGCUCCAUCAAACCUCAUGCAACUUCAAGAAGAUCCCUGGAAGUACGUAUUACGUUUACAAACAGAGGAAAUACCCAGACAAGGAGUUUAUCAGCAUGAUCUCACCGGAGGAGUGGGGAGCAACAGGACCCGAGUUUGUUGCACGUUACAGGUUGGAGCAUGACAUGAGCUGGACGGAGGAAAAGGAGAUGGAGAAGAGAGGGAAUGAAAUGAUGUUGAUCAACAAGAUCCUAGAUGCUGGAACCAAUGUUUCAUUCAACUUUUUACCAUCACAAUACCAGGCCAGAGCGAUAGAAGAAGCGAAGUCGGAAACAUGAAACAGAAAACUGACAUAAACAGUCUCCGAGUUUAAUCCGAGAUGGAAAUAUUUUUUAUGAGAUUUUGCACUGAAUAAAGUAUUUAAAACACGA